AUGAAGGUUCCUGAAGUAGCAGUGUACAACUUAUUGCAAGAGAGGAAUAUCCUUCCGAAAGACGGUUUCGAGGUCGCCACGCCCUCCAUGCACGAUGUCAGGAAGACCAACUGCCACCCCGAUUUGAUGUCUUGCACUGCCAAUGUCAUGCCCAAUAGUAAUUCAUUGCUUCAGAAGACCAGACUACCUCUCGGUCUUCUGGUACAUCCAUUCAAGGAUUUGUCUAACCUCCAGGUCAUACAGUCCUGCUCCAUUGUGAGGUGUCGAUCGUGCCGCACCUACAUCAAUCCGUUCGUCGUCUUCGUCGAUCCCUCCAGGUGGAAGUGCAACAUCUGCUUCAAAGCCAAUGAAUUACCAAGUGACUUUUGUUACGACUCGACGACGAACACAUACAUCGAGCCCCACAAGCGACCAGAGGUUAAGGUGGCCACUGUUGAAUAUGUCGCCUCUACUGAUUACAUGCUGCGACCUCCUCAGCCGGCAGUCUAUUUAUAUCUUCUCGACGUGUCGUUCAACGCCGUCGAGACAGGAUACCUGAGUGAAUUCUGCGAGAUCCUGAUCAAAGAACUGGAUAGAAUUCCCGGAGACAGCAGGAAACAGAUAGGAUUCAUCGCGUACGACACUUCUGUCUAUUUCUUCAAUCUCUCCGACGAGCAUAAUCAACCUCAGAUCCUAUGUAUGCCCGAUCUGGAAGAUGCAGACAUCCCAUGUCCAGAUGGACUGCUAGUGAACCUCGAAGAAUCCAGAGACAUCGUCCUUGACCUUCUAGAGAAACUUCCCGCCAUGUUUUCCAACAACACCGAAGUGGGCAGUUGCUUGGGUACUGCCCUUGAGGUGGCCUACAAGAUGAUGACAUCGACGGGGGGUCGGGUGACAGUCCUGCAGACCCACCUACCCACCGUAGGGGCAGGUGCCCUCAAGAACAGGGAGGAUGCUAAUGAAAGGGUCUCCAAGAACAUACAGGGCAUGGGACCAGUGACAGACUUCUACAAGAAGCUGGCCCUAGAAUGUUCAGCCCAACAAAUCUGCAUCGACAUUUUCUUUCUCAAUUCCCAGUUCACUGAUAUCGCCACUAUUUCCUGUGCCAGCAAGUUCACCAGUGGCACUACCUACUACUUCCCUGGCUUCCACAGAGCAACGAACCUGGCGGAGUUGAGGAGGUUUCGAUCUGCACUGACGAGGUACCUCACCAGGAAGAUAGGGUUCGAGGCUGUCAUGAGAGUACGUUGCACGCGGGGUCUGAACAUCCACACAUUUCAUGGCAAUGGUUUCGUCCGAUCGACCGACCUCCUUUCGCUUCCAAACGUCAACCCGGACGCAAGUUUCGGCCUACAGAUGUCCAUCGACGACACGCUGGAAAGUAACUACGUCUUCUUCCAGGCUGCUCUCCUCUAUACUUCCAGUAAAGGUGAACGACGAAUCAGGGUCCACACCCUCUGCAUCCCGGUUUCCUCGGUUCUCAGCGAGGUCCAGGCGUCUGCCAACCAAAGAACAAUAAUUUCACUGAUAUCCAAGAUGGCCGUCGAUAAAUCUCUCUCGGUCGGUCUGGGUGAUUCGAGGGAGGCAUUGGUGUACGCGGCCCUCGACAUCAUGCAGGCCUACAGAGCUUCCGUGCCACAGGGUCAGAGAUUGGCCAACCAGCUUUUGGCCCCCCAGUCACUGAAGCACAUCCCUCUGCUGGUUUUGGCCCUUCUCAAAUUUAUGGCUUUCCGGAUUGGGAUCUCGACGAAGAUCGAUGAUCGAGUGUACGCCAUGGAGCUAUGCAAGUGGCUCCCAUUGAAGCAACUCCUGCUACACAUCUAUCCUGCUCUUUAUCCACUGCAUAAUCUUACUGAAGAACAGGUGUGUGUGUGUGAAGAUCACGUGAUCCGGCCUUCGAUGACGUCACUCUCCUCCCAUCAGAUCGACAGGCACGGGGCGUAUGUGAUGGACGCGGGGUCCUACUUGUACCUCUACCUGGGUUCUGCCAUCAGUGAUGCCUUCUGCGCUCAUCUGCUGGACGUCCGAUCGUUUGCUGGCACCGCGGAAGGAUAUCUGGAGUUGCCUGAGCUGGACAACAAUCUGUCACUGUUUGUGAGGAAGUUUGUGGAGAAGUUGAAUCAUAAGAGGACUGUCGAAGCCCCACUCAUGCUUAUCAGAGAGGAUGGAAAAUUACGCCACAUGUUCUACCAACACCUCGUUGAAGAUAGGACGGAAUCUUCAUUCUCCUACCUGGAGUUCCUACAGCAUCUGCAAAAAGAAAUUAAAGUCUAG